AUGACCACAACACCAGCAACUGUUGGUCCUCAUAGUCGUAAAAAGGUCUCUUAUUAUUAUGAUUUCGAUGUUGGCAAUUAUUAUUACGGACAAGGCCAUCCGAUGAAACCACAUCGUAUACGUAUGACACAUAAUUUAAUUCUUAAUUAUGGACUUUAUCGUAAAAUGGAAGUUUAUCGUCCACAUAAAGCAAUAUGCGAUGAAAUGACACGUUUUCAUAGCGAUGAAUAUGUUAAAUUUAUUCAAAAUAUUCGACCAGAUAAUAUACUUGAUUUUAAUAAACAAAUGCAACGAUUUAAUGUUGGCGAAGAUUGUCCCGUAUUUGAAGGUCUUUAUGAAUUUUGUCAAAUAUCAGCUGGAGGAUCGUUAGCUGGUGCCGUUAAACUUAAUCGAAAAUUAACCGAUAUUGCGAUUAAUUGGGCUGGCGGUCUUCAUCAUGCAAAAAAAUCUGAAGCAUCCGGAUUUUGUUAUAUCAAUGAUAUUGUUUUAGCUAUUCUUGAAUUACUAAAAUAUCACCAACGUGUACUUUAUAUUGAUAUUGAUAUUCAUCAUGGUGAUGGAGUUGAAGAAGCAUUCUAUACAACAGAUAGAGUUAUGACGGUAUCAUUCCACAAGUUUGGAGAAUAUUUUCCGGGUACUGGCGAUUUACGAGAUAUCGGAGCCGGUCGCGGUAAAUACUAUGCUGUUAAUUUUCCAUUACGUGAUGGUAUUGAUGAUGAUUCCUACGAAACAAUAUUUAAACCAGUUAUGACGAAAGUAAUGGAAUCGUAUCAACCAAAUGCUGUUGUACUUCAAUGUGGAGCUGAUUCACUUACUGGUGAUCGUCUUGGUUGUUUUAAUUUAACACUGAAAGGACAUGGCAAAUGUGUAGAAUUCAUGAAGGGUUAUAAUCUACCUUUAUUACUCGUUGGUGGUGGUGGUUAUACAAUCCGUAAUGUCGCCCGUGCUUGGACAUAUGAAACAGCUAUUGCACUAAACCAAGAAAUUCCAAAUGAAUUACCAUACAAUGAUUAUUUUGAAUAUUAUGGACCUGACUUCAAAUUACAUAUAAGUCCAUCGAAUAUGCCUAAUCAAAAUAGUUCGGAAUAUUUAGAUAAAAUCAAAGUUAAACUUUUUGAUAAUCUUCGAAUGUUGCCACAUGUACCUGGUGUUCAAAUGCAACCAAUUCCGGAUGAUGCUAUGGAUGUUGAUCGAGUUGUUGAUGAAGAUAAAGAUAAUGAUCCAGAUAAACGUAUAUCACAAGUGCAACGUGAUCGUAGUGUAGCUGAUGAACGUGAAUUAUCUGAUUCCGAAGAUGAAGAUGGUGAUAAUCGACGUAAUCAUGCAAAUUUUAAACAACUUUCGAAUAAACGUAAAGCUAGUUCGGAUGCUGUUAAUGGUACAACUGUUACUCAAGUUACGAAAGUUACUGAAUCAACUGUUAUCGUACCAUCGACAAGUGAUGAAAUAGCAUCAGCAGCAGAAGCAACAACUAUAACAACAACAACAAUAACAGCAGCAGCAACAGAAAAUGGUUCAACUGAUGAAAUAACGCCAUCAGAAUCUGAAAAAAUUAUAACAACAACAACUGAAGAAGUUACAAAAACUAUCACAGUUGUAGGUGAAAGUGAACCAAUUGUAGCAGCAGUAGCAGCAGCAUCAGCGGAUGAAUCUGCACCAAUAGAUGGCAUGGAUACGUCAGAAACAUCCUAA